AUGUGGUACGGUAAAAGGUUAAACAACAAAAGAGCUACCCGUAAACCAAAGUUUUCUCUUUGUUGUGGUCAAGGGCAAGUCCAACUUCCUCUGUUAAAAGAGUCACCAACUUCAUUGAGACAAUUACUUUAUGGAAAUGAUGCAAAAAGCAGAUACUUUCGAGAGAAUAUCCGUCAGUUAAAUAUGGUUUUCUCUUUUACAUCCCUUGGUGGCAAAUGUGAUCGGUCUGUUCCAAAAGGAUGUGGUCCUUUAAAAAUGUUUGUACUUUAAGGGGAGAACUAUCAUUUAAUGGGAAGUUUGAAGCCUCCUCCAGGAGACCCUGCUAAGUUUGGACAACUAUAUAUUGUAAACACAGAAAAUGAAAUUGCCAAUCGUGCUUCCAUUAUUGGAAAGUACAGGAAGUCAACAGAAUCGUCUAAAAAGGUAAAAAUUAGAGAGGAAGUAAUUGAGAUUUUGCUGAAGAUGCUAAACGAAGUGAACCCCUUCGUCCAUCAGUUUAGAUCUGCUAAGGAUAGAUUUAACACUAAUCCGGAAGAAUCAUUCCAUAUGUGCAUUGUUAGCAGUCGUGAAAAAGAUGGAAGGACAUAUGACACUCCGACAGCUUCUGAGGUUGCGGCGUUAAUUCCCGGUGAUUUCAAUUUGGACAUGGAUAAAAGAGAUAUUGUCUUGCAAGAGAAGCAAACCGGUUUUCUAAAGAGGAUUAGUGAGAUUCACCCUUCCUAUCUGGCACUUCAAUAUCCUCUAAUAUUCUGUUACGGGGAAGAUGGCUUCCGACUUGGGAUUAAGAAACGAGAAACAACGGCUACAGCUAAACUUAAGAGGCAGGGUAUCAAUAUGAGGCAGUGGUAUGCAUUUCGUCUACAUGAAAGAGAUAAUGAAUGUCACACACUACUGAAUUCUAAACGAUUGUUUCAGCAGUUUUUGGUCGAUUCUUAUACAUCCAUAGAGUCUAACCGGCUCUCAUAUCUACGGAUGAACCAAAAAAGCCUCAGAUCAGAUAGCUAUGACUCUAUAGCUCAAUCAGAAAACGGUGGUAAAUCAGAUAUGAAGGACCAAGGCAGUCAAUUUUUACUUCCAGCCUCAUUCACUGGAGGUCCUAGAUAUAUGAAGAACUGCUACUUAGAUGCAAUGGCCAUAUGCAAAUAUUUUGGGUUUCCCGAUCUGUUAUUAACAUUCACUUGCAAUCCUAAGUGGCCUGAGAUCACUAGGUUUUUAGAAAAACGCGGUCUUAUUGCUGAUGAUAGACCUGAUAUCAUUGGAAGGAUUUUCAAAAUCAAGCUCGAUUCCCUCAUGUAUCAUCUAACGGAUAAACAACUUCUUGGAAAGACAGUUCCUUCAAUGUACACUGUUGAGUGGCAAAAACGUGGUCUACCUCAUGCACAUAUUCUCUUAUUUAUGCAUCCUGAUUCUAAAUGGACAACCACUGAUGAAAUUGACAAGGUAAUAUCGGCGGAAAUUCCAGACAAAGAGAAAGACCCGGAACUUUAUGAUAUUGUCAAAGAUAUGAUGAUUCAUGGUCCUUGUGGAGCUGCUAAUUGGAACUCACCAUGCAUGGAAAACGGUGUAUGUUCGAAGAUGUAUCCUAAAAAUUUUGCUGACAAAACUACUGUUAACAGAGACGGGUUUCCGGUUUAUAGAAGACGAGAAGAUAGGAGAUUUGUUGAGAAGAAUGGAUUCAAGUGUGACAACACUCAAGUGAUACCAUACAUCCGUGAUUUGUCUAUGCGAUUUCGAGCUCAUAUCAAUGUGGAAUGGUGUAAUCAAUCAGGGUCUAUAAAAUACUUAUUUAAGUAUAUCAACAAAGGGCAGGAUCGUGUCACUGUUGCUGUUGAGCCUCCAAACACAGAAGAUUUGAGUGAAAAGAAAAAGAACGAAAUCAAAGAUUUUUUUAAUUGCAGAUACGUCUCAGCCUGUGAAGGUGCUUGGAGGAUCUUUACCUUUGAUAUUCACUAUAGAUCAACUCCGGUUGAGAGAAUCCAGUUUCAUCUACCAGGGAAACAAAUCAUCGUUUUCAAAGAUGAUGACACAUGGGAAGAAGUGAGCCGGAAAUCAAUUGAGAACACAAUGUUUAUGGGAUGGUUUGAAUUGAAUAAGAUCAGUGCAGUUGCUCGGACACUGACUUUGUCUGAGAUUCCAACAAUGUUCACCUGGAGUAAAGCAGCAAAAAAGUUUAAUCAUAGGAAGAGAGGAUUCGCUAUUGGCCGAAUUAAUUACGCUCCACGAAAGAUCGAAGAGGCUUUCUAUCUUAGGGUUUUGCUUAACAUCGUGAGAGGUCCAACAUGUGAUGACGAUAUUAGAACGUAUCAUAACGUUCUUUAUGAGACAUACAAGGAAACAUGUUUUGCUAUGGGGCUAUUAGAUGAUUAUCAAGAAUACAUUGACGACCUAUUGCGAGCAAGUUUUACCGAGACUGGAUGUUAUAUGCGUCAGGCUUUUAUGAUUAUGCUCAUGUCUAAUACUUUGUCAAAGCCAGAAGUCGUUUGGGAACAUACUUGGGAAUUCCUUUCCGAAGACAUUGAGUAUAUGAGAAGAAGGCUAUUGCGUAGACCAGAUCUUUGUUUGACCGACGAAGAAAAAAAACAAUAUGCCCUUAUAGAGAUUGAGAAGCUUUUAAAGAGUAACGGUUCUUCUUUGGAGAACUGGAAAUCUAUGCCUCAGCCAAUACCAGACGUUGUUAAUAACAAGUAUUUGAUCAUGGACGAGCUCAGUUAUGACCGGGAAGAGUUAGAAUCUGUCAUUGAACAUGACAUACCAAGACUAACAGAGGAGCAAAGGAAUAUUUUCGAUGAGAUUACUGAUGCUGUUUUCACAGAACGAGGAGGUGUAUUCUUUGUAAAUGGUUUUGGUGGUACAAGAAAAACUUUCUUGUGGAGAUGUCUUUCUUCUACAGUACGUAUCAAGGGUCAAAUUUGUCUGAAUGUUGCUUCGAGCGGGAUAGCAUCUCUUUUGCUUCAGGGAGGUAGGACUGCACAUUCUCGGUUUGCAAUUCCUAUCAAUCCAGAUGAGUUUUCAACUUGCUCACUUAUACGAGGAACUGAUCAAGCGGAUCUGGUGAAAGCAGCCUCACUUAUAAUUUGGGACGAAGCUCCAAUGAUGCACAAGCAUUGUUUCGAAUCAUUGGAUAGGAGUAUGUUGGACAUUUGUCGAGAUCCUGAAAAUAGACCUUUUGGUGGGAAAGUUGUUGUUUUUGGUGGGGAUUUUAGACAGGUAUUGCCUGUCAUUCAUGGAGCUGGAAGGACUGAGAUUGUUAUGGCUGCUCUAAAUGCAUCUUAUAUAUGGAAGCACGUACAGGUGUUGCACUUAACCAAGAAUAUGCGGCUUGAGUCAAAUAAUUUAUCCCCUGAAGAUGCUAAAGAUUUGGAGGAGUUCUCACAAUGGAUAUUAGACAUUGGAGAUGGAAAGAUUGGUGACGAAAAUGAUGGGGAAGCACUUAUUGAUAUUCCUGAAGAGUUUCUGAUUCUCGAUAUUGAUGACCCAAUAGAAGCUAUAAGCAAAGCAGUCUAUGGAGAUUCCACUUCUUUACACGAGAAGGAACCUAAAUUUUUUCAAGACAGAGCUAUAUUAUGUCCUACUAACGAGGAUGUGAACAUGAUCAAUCAACACAUGCUGGACAAGCUUGAUGGAGAGGAAAGAAUUUAUUUAAGCUCUGAUUCAAUCGACGCUUCUGAUAGGUUUUCAAAGAACGACCAGGCUCUGACUCCAGAUUUUCUAAACAGAAUUAAAGCGUCAGGACUUCCAAAUCAUAGCCUGCGUCUGAAAGUGGGUUGUCCAGUCAUGUUGCUAAGAAACAUAGAUCCUGUUGGGGGAUUGAUGAACGGAACUAGGCUUCAGAUUACAGAACUGUAUGACUUCAUGAUAAAGGCAAAGGUUAUUACAGGGGACAAGGUUGGUAGUAUUGUGUUGAUUCCCAGGCUUUCAAUUACCCCUUCAGACAAAAAAUUGCCAUUCAAAAUGAGGAGGAGACAAAUUCCUAUUGGUGUGGCUUUUGCUAUUACUAUCAACAAAAGUCAGGGACAAACAUUGUCUGAAGUUGGUAUUUUUCUACCAAGACCUGUGUUUUCACACGGACUUUAUGUGGCUGUUUCCAGAGUGACUUCAAAGAAAGACUUGAAGAUUCUGAUUGUCGACAGCGAAGGCAAGCCUCAACGCCAGACAAAGAAUGUUGUCUACAGAGAGGUUUUCGAUAAUCUUUGAUUUAUGUUUUCAUCUAUAAUUUUUUUUAAGUUUUGCAUAUUUUUUGCUUUUAUUUGCA